GUCUGCCACCAGCCAUCGUCAACACCAGAUUGGAACCAACAAUGAACCACAGAGGACCAAGCUUAUCGUCUCAAUCAGCAUAAAGGGAAGCUCCUGUGGAUUGGGGUAGGGCGCCAAACGAAAUAUUUUCACACGCUCGGUACAUCAAGAAACGACUACAUAACGAAGAUACGAAAAUUGGAGAUCCUUCGAACUACUUUGAGAGAAAGAAACAGAGUUGAAGGAGCACGAUGGCAUUACCCAGAUUCCAGAGGAUGACAAUCGAGCCGAAGGAGACGGUACUGAUGAUGAUCAAGAUGGAGAAGAUGGAGUUUAUCCCAAACCGCAAGAUCGCCAAGUUUAGGAACUUGGAUUCCGAGAUGAUCUUUGAAGACUUGCGACCGAUGAAAGUGACCACCCUUCCGGUCUGGUUGAUCAUCGAAUUGAAGCUGAAGAAAUUGGGCAAAGUCGUCCUGCCCGCGUGGCUAUCACUGGUCGAAUUAAAGAAACUCUUUCACUUCGAAAUCCAUUCUCCCCAGCUCUCAGAAUUACCCUACUUCUGGUUCGAGAUAUCAAAAUUGUUGAUCGAAAUUGCGGCUGAGGAUAUCGAUUCACUGGAAGAGAUUAAGAAGACCCUGAAAGAUUUGAAGGAAGUCCGACAGAACAAGUUACGAUCGAGUUUGAAAUAUAAUCUGAGUAACCAAAACCAACAAACCCAACAGGAUCGGGACUACAACUUCAAAAAUUUCUUAAACCAUCUCGAGAUCCCUAACCUCUCCCACUUUGAAUUGAACGAGAUCCGAUCAACCCUGACGAUCUUGAACUCGAAAUUACAGAAAUUCGAUAACAGUAGUAGUAGUAGUAGUAGUAAUGAUAAUACUUUCGGCAAUACGUUCGACCAACAAGCUUCGACUAGCUUCUCCGACCCUCAAUCACAUCGUCAAGACCACCCCACCCUCGACAACCAAACUCAUUCCCAGUUUCAAUUUUAUUCGGAGCCUAACGUACCUCCACAAGAUCAACGAUCAACAACGGCCCGGGUGGAUGACUUACGAGAGUCUAGCUCCUCUGUUCAUGACACUAAUUCUUCAACUUAGUAUUCACUCGCACCCCACAUUUCCCUACUCCUUGACGCACACACAAAAAAAAAACAUCUUUUCAUCUUUGAAAUCCAACAUUCGGUCGUCGUUUUUUACCUUAUCUGCAACGGUGUUUCUCAUCUCAAAGCUUCAUCGAGAUAGCCUUUUCAGGGGAUUUGUACAAAAAAGAAACAGCACCUCCAGUUUUGAUCAACUGGGCUAAAUGAUUGCUCAUAAAGUAAAGUAAAAAAAGAGGUAGGACAAUUCUUUUGUAAUGAA